AAAACAGUCAAUUCAAAAUUAAUUGCUAACAGUCACCUAGAAAAAUAUUAACAGUCCCCAGACGGUAACUUAACUGUCGACUACGCAACAACUGUAGGUAUAAUAGUGUACUCAGUCCCGCGCUCCCCUCUAUGGUAGCAAGCUCCCCCCUCUCAUCACGUGGAUACUUUAUCCCCCUGUCAAUACCCAAUAUUCCCGGUGUUUAUUGAUGACCACCAAUGGACUUUCUGCCUUGAUUACGUGAUCUCGGUAAUGCUGUACAGUAACUGAUUACGAAAGCUCAAUAUGAAAGGUAUGCUCCAGCCGGUGAACACCAGCAACGAGCGGAACGAUGAGAUACCUCUGAAGCCGCACACAUGUGGGAUCCAUUCUAGCCAACAAUGGAUACUGUAACCAGUUUUCUUUACGAAGCGCGUUUCGCUCAGGUCUAAAGUUAUUUGACGUUCGCAGAAUCGACCAUUACUGCUGGCAACCGAGUAUUCUAGAGCUCUGUUCAAAGUGCAACUUUCAAGCACCCGGUAUCGAACAUUCUCCGUCUGGCAUCAGAUUCGAUGAGAUGGCCGUGAACUUCCCGCCGGUCUAUAUUCUCAAGAACGGCUUCGAGUCAGAACCCGAUCUCCUUCACAAGAUCGAGGAACAACUGGGCAACAUCAAGUACAAUGUCAACGAGACCAAGCUGUUUCUAGGUAUCAGCACUACCAGGGGGAGAAUUGCAUAUGAAUUGCGAAAACUAGGACUUUACACAGCUGAUACGACACAAGACCUAUCAACCCCUGUUAAAGAUGAGGAUAGUGGAGGGGCAGGAACCGAUGGUGAAGAUCCAAGAUCAGCGGCGAAGAAGCGCAAGGCAAUCACCCAUGAAGAUUGCACAAAGGCUAUCUCUCUGAGCACAGAUGCAGGCACACCGCCUGCCUCAGAUACCGAGUCGCACAUGGAAACGCCAAGUCCCAAGCGUGGUCGAAAUGCACCUAGAAAAUCACAAGCUUCAAGCAAGACAAAUGCCAAUGACACGGUCAAGGUAUACAGGCUUGAAUGGUUUGAAGAUUCAAUCAAGUCAGAGAAUCUGCUCCCGAGAGAGCCGUAUCUGAUCUACGAAGGCAGAAUUAUCUCAAAGCCGACUCAAAAGGUGGCAGGCUCAAAUCAGCCCAUGGACAAGGCCAGUGUCUUGUCUCGAGCAAGAGCAGACACCCCUCUACCAGCAGGACCAAGAAAUCACGUUUAUCGCCAUAAGAAGACGGAUAGCCAAGCGGUUCCGGUUCUCUACCAAGAGGAUACAGCGGAUCAUGAGCAUGAAGAAGAGCUUCCUGAACUUCCAGGCUAUUUGCGCACAACAUACUCCUGUCAGCGUCCUACACCCAUGCAUGGCCCCAAUGAUGAGUUCAUCAGGCUACUCAAGAUCAUCAAGAAAGCACGCAUAAUUGAUGAAGAGGAAAAGAAAAGGCACACAUACCAUUCAGCUAUUGCCUCGCUCGCGGCCUAUCCAUUCACGAUAACGUCCCGUAAGGAGGUCAUCAGACUACCUUGCUGUGGAGAAAAAUUUGCCAAUCUCUGGUACGAAUGGAGUAAGACCGGACGUAUCAAAGAAGUCGAAGACAUUCUUGAAGACCCCCGUAUGAAUAUUCUGAACAUUUUCUACGAUAUCUAUGACGUCGCCGCUAUGACAGCUGUGAAAUUCCACAAUAAUGGAUGGACAGACCUUGAUGAUAUCGUUCAGUAUGGCUGGGGUAGCCUUUCAAGAUCGCAACAGAUUGGUGUCAAACUCUACGAUGACUUUCAGCUGAGAAUACCACGUGCUGAAGUGGAAAGUAUCGGUAAUAUCGUUCUGGACCAUGCCAACAAGUUUCGAAAAGGAUUUCAAAUGGUAAUCUGUGGCGGAUAUCGCAGAGGCAAACUAGACUCGGGUGAUGUAGAUGUCAUGUUGAGCCACCCAGACGAGGAUGCAACCGAGGAUCUCAUUCGAGAUCUCCUAGAUAACUUGGAAAAUAAUGAAUACAUCACUCACCAGCUUCAAGUGUCCUCGAAAACUAGCGACAGAGGUCAGUCUCCCCUUGAAUGGAAAGGUAGCAUGCCAAAAUCUGGUACUGGCUUCGACUCGCUUGAUAAGGGCCUUGUGGUGUGGCAGGAUCCGGAGUGGCCAACCAAGGAAGAAGAUCUGAAACAGAACCCGAAAGCGAGAAAUCCCAACCCUCACCGAAGAGUGGAUAUCAUGAUCACACCAUGGAAGACUGCUGGAUGUGCCGUCGUUGGAUGGACUGGAGGAACGACUUUUGAGAUGGAUAUCAGAAGAUACUGCCGUCAUGAGAAGAAUCUCAAGUUCGACAGCAGUGGGAUUCGGCGUCUUGAUAAUGGGACUUGGGUUGACCUAGAGAAGGGCGGUCAUGAUAUGCUCGAGAAAGAAAAAAUGGUCUUUUCUGGGCUUGACUUGGAGUGGAGAGAGCCCACGUUGAGAUGCACGGAUUAAUCUUUAUGAAAAAUGCACCCAUAGCCGGAAGCUUUAACUGGCCAGGUGCGUACGAUAAUGAUGGUGGGGAAGGACAACCAGGACUACCAUUGUGUCCUUUCGACUUCCUUGUUUUCCGUGUUGGCUAGGCGUUUCGUGUUUCUGGGGAUCACAUUUCAAGUAGUUAGGAAUGCUGAAAGCUAGCUUAGCAAGUACAUAAGUACAUAACUGGGCCAUGAGAUAGUAUAAAUCCCAAUCAAGCCAUAUAGCUUGCUAUGCGAACCCAUGUUAAGAACCUCAAAGACGGCUUUUGUUUCUCAGCUACGUUCUUUCGACCUGCGGAGUUCGCUCACGACAUAGCUCCGUAAAGUCCCACUCGGUGCAAUCCGAGCAUUUCCAAUGAUCUACCAACCCAGAAUCAUGGCAAGUCCGUUGUAGCCCGUGAGACCUAAAAGUCCAAGUUGGAACAACCAGAACGUAAUGCCAUUGUAUCUGCCCUUUCCAGUUCCUCCUUUGCAAUAACUAGGUUGACGUCAGCAAAGAUUUUCCAAAUAGUACUUCUCCAUAUCCUUUCCACAUACCCUGUCAUGUAGAAAUAUCUCGACACACUCCAUCCCAGGCCAAAGACUGCUGCAGUAAGAGGAAAUCGAAGGCCAGCCAGGAUCAAGCUUCCUAAUGCUGUGACUUGGUUCUCAAUGAAAUGCGCGUGUGCUCGCUGGGCGCAAUUGAAUUUGACAGCUGCGUCAUCUGUUCGGGUGUCAGGAGCAUAGGCUGCGGGGUACGGUACCUUCGCUGCCUUCCUGUAGUUGCCAGUAUUGACUGUGUGGAUGGCGUUCAUGACGAAUGUCGAAGCUGCGGCGAGGAGGACAUAGCCGUAAUUGGGAUCGAGCGUGAUUGUUGCCAUUGCUGCGGUGGGCUGCGGUGGGCUGCUAGAACCUGAUUGGAGUCGACGAUCGAUGAUGGCUGAGCAGUCGAGCAAUUGGUGGUUGGAGAGACAAUAGAAAUAACUGGAACAGAAAUUGAAGGGGGGAGGGGGGAAGGGAGAAUAAAUUGAAAUCGAUCGGGUUUCUCGCGAUCAAGGCUGUGUGUACUUCUGUAGCGUGUUGCGUGUUGCAACUUGCAAGUGACAUACUAUCUAGGUAUAUUUAGGUAAUUUACGUGGCCUGGAGAGAUUGUUCGCCCGCCUGCCAGGAAAAGUGUCCGAAGCUAGACAAGACAUGGUACCAAGACCAGAGGCGGAGCAGAUACAGUACCGCUCCGCUGUAGUAGUAAAUUCACAAUACUGGGCCGAGCCGAGGGGAAUUGAAACCUAGCGAGCCUACCUUAGGUACUUUAAGCCGUACUUUAGGUACCUUGCCUACAUACUUGUACUUGUACUUGUAGUGACAUCCUUCCAACCAUGGAGGAGAAGGGGGGACGGGGGGGGACGAGAAGACGAGGGUCCCGACUACCGAGUCCCAAGACUCCCAAGUCCCAACAGUAGGGUUGCCGUUAUUCGUUAAUAGAGAGAUUUUAAUAAUUAAU